AUGGGGUGUUCGACAGAGUCUUUUCCCCUGGAUAUGGUUUCCUUUGAGGAGAAAAAGUGUGGAGAUGGGGUUGAAGAAUUAAAUUUUUUUGCUCCUGUCAGUGGGGAACCAGAUUCAGUGUGUGGUUCGGAAUUGGCUGUUUUUACUCCUGCCAAUACUAGAAAGGAGGGAGAUUUUCUAACUCCGUUGUGUACACUCCCUCCCAGUGCUAAUUAUGGGAGUUGUGGAGUAUUACUUAUGUGGGAUAAAAGAGUGGUUGAGUUGACUGAGGAGUGUAUUGGAGAGUUCUCGGUUGCAACCCUUUUAAAAAAUGUGGUUGAUGAAUGGGAAUGGGCAUUUGCAAGAUCCUAUGGUCCUAACAUGGAUAGGGAUAGGAGAAGAUUGUGGGAGGAGUUGGCGGGUCUGUAUGCCUUAUGGGAGAAGACUACAUUGUUGGAGGAAUUGCAAGACUUGGAGGAUAAAGAGUUAUUGGGUGAAAACUCGGAGGAGGUGUUUUUGAGGAAGGGUACGGUUAUAGCAAACUUGGAGAGGGCUUUGUUGUCAGAAGAGAUUUCAUGGCUUCAAAAAUCUAGGGCCAUUUGGUUGAAAGAAGUACAGUAUUAUGAGACCCUUCUCACAGAAUCAGCCACUUGGAGGCCGAAACUUGAUGCCUUGCAUUUUGAGGCAAUUAAUUCGCAGAGUGUGAGUGUUCUGGAGAGAUUUUUUGUUGAAGAAGAAAUUUAUAAGGUCAUAUCUGGCAUGGCAAAGGAUAAAGCGCCGGGGCCCGAUGGUUUUUCAAUGGGUUUCUUCCAAACUUGUUGGGACAUUGUGAAAGGUGACAUUAUGCAGAUUUUCAGUGAAUUUCACGCUUUUCAAAAGUUUGAAAAAUCACUUAAUGCGACCUUUAUUGCUCUCAUCCCAAAAAAACACGAGGCUUUGACUAUUGAAGACUUUCAGCCUAUAAGUCUGGUUAGUAAUGUAUAUAAGAUUAUCUCGAAAGUUCUUGCUAACCGACUUAGCCUGGUGUUGGAACACAUUAUAUCCAAGUCCCAUAAUGCAUUUAUUCAAGGGAGACAGAUCCUUGAUUCAGUACUCAUUGCAAAUGAGUGCUUGGAUUACAGAGUACGAGAGGGAGGUUCAGUUAUGGAGGCCUUAAGUAGGAUGAUACAAGUUGUAGUUGGGGGAGGUUUCUUAUCGGGUUUUCAGGUGGACAAUGGUUCUGGUGGCCUUAUUAUCAUUUCACACCUCUUAUUUGCAGAUGAUACGUUAGUCUUUUGUGAAGCGAAUAGAAGCCAGAUCCAAACUCUACGAGCAUUGUUACUUUGCUUUGAAGCUGUGUUAGGGUUAAAGGUGAAUCUGGGCAAGUCUGAGAUGGUUUGUGUGGGUGCGGUCUCUAAUAUUAUCGGCUUAGCAAGUCUUUUGGAUUAUAAGGUGUCCUAUUUCCCAAUGAAAUACCUGGGGCUUCCGUUGGGAGCAACCUUUAAGAAUAUGGCUAUAUGGGAUGGGGUAGUGGAGAAGAUAAAGAAAAAGUUGGCUAGCUGA